AUGGCGCAGAAUCGCCCCGCCGCCUUUAACACUCUCAGGAUGGGAGAGGUUAUUCGCGAGAAGGUCCAGGAUGGAAUCACUGGAGAGACCAGAGACCUCCAAUAUACACAAUGCAAGAUUGUGGGCAACGGCUCUUUCGGCGUCGUCUUCCAGACCAAGCUCUCGCCUUCAGGAGAAGAUGCGGCUAUCAAGCGUGUCCUCCAAGACAAGCGAUUCAAGGUCUGUGACACUCGCCCUGUCGGCCUUCCAGCUGCGCAACUUCAGAACCGUGAACUUCAGAUCAUGCGGAUCGUCCGGCACCCCAACAUCGUACAGCUCAAGGCCUUCUACUAUUCCAAUGGCGAACGUAAAGACGAGGUGUACCUCAACCUUGUUCAGGAGUUCGUGCCCGAGACGGUCUACCGCGCGUCCCGCUUCUUCAACAAGAUGAAGACGACAAUGCCCAUCCUGGAAGUCAAGCUCUACAUUUACCAGCUUUUCCGCGCUCUUGCCUAUAUUCACUCUCAAGGCAUUUGCCAUCGUGACAUCAAGCCUCAAAACCUCCUUCUUGACCCCACGUCAGGCAUUUUGAAGCUGUGCGAUUUCGGCAGCGCCAAGAUCUUGGUCGAGAACGAGCCAAAUGUGUCGUACAUUUGUUCACGGUACUACCGAGCGCCAGAACUCAUCUUCGGCGCCACGAACUACACCACCAAGAUUGACGUUUGGUCCACCGGCUGUGUGAUGGCAGAACUCAUGCUCGGACAGCCUCUCUUUCCCGGAGAAUCAGGCAUCGACCAGCUCGUCGAAAUUAUCAAGGUCCUUGGCACGCCUACACGAGAGCAAAUCCGCACGAUGAACCCCAACUACAUGGAACACAAGUUCCCGCAAAUCAAGCCGCAUCCCUUUGCCAAGGUCUUCAGAAAGGCGGAUGCGAACGCGAUCGACUUGAUCGCGCGCCUCCUCGAGUACACUCCGACAGAGAGACAAGCGGCCGUCGAAGCCAUGAUUCAUCCGUUCUUCGACGAGCUGAGAGACCCCAACACCAGACUGCCCGACUCCCGACACCAGAGCGGAGAAAUUCGGGACCUACCCCCCCUCGCAGCGUCUAACACAGCUACAGAACUUUCAAUUGCCCCGAACCUGAACCACCAGCUGGUGCCCCCUCACAUGAAGCCCGUCUUGGCCGGAAGAGGAUUGGACAUUGACAACUUUACUCCGAUCCCGAAGGCGGACAUGAUGGCCAAACUGGAUUGA